AUGUCGGUGGACGUCAUGGUGAGAAGCGUAAGCGAACGGAACGACUCCUCCAGAAAUGAGCAGUUCAUCUCGACGGCCUUCGGUGGCGUUCCUCGUCCUCCUCGCGCACGCGCCAUCUUAACGAGUACUGACGGCAGGGCGAAGUGCGCGACUGCCAGACACGCAGCGAGGGGCGAGUGCAAUAAAUCGCGGCUGCUCGGCCGUUGUUGCUGGGCAUUCUUCUUCCAACCAGAUUUGAAAUUUCUGUCACCACUGGUCCGAUUCCCUGAAGGAGUGAUUGGACAGUGA